ACUAAUAAGGAUUCUCUUCUGUAAUAUAAACCUCACCUCUCUGCCUUUAAAAACCAUUAUCAACUUCACCAACAAAACUACACUCAUUUUUCAGAAAAGAGAGAGACAGACAUAUUAGCUAUGUCUUUAGCUUAUUGUGUUAAAGAGAACAAGCCUUGUGUGCGUUGGGUUGAGAGGUAUUUCAAAGACUGCCUCUGCAAUCUCCAGGAUGAUUUCUCUUUUGGCUUUGGGAUCGUUAGUCUAGUCUGUUGGGGAGUUGCAGAGAUCCCUCAAAUCAUCACCAACUUCCACACAAAGUCUAGCCAUGGAGUCUCUUUAGCAUUUCUCCUCACUUGGGUUGCCGGAGAUGUUUUUAAUCUGGUGGGUUGUCUUCUCGAACCAGCAACGUUACCAACGCAGUACUACACAGCUCUGCUCUACACGAUCAGUACUAUAGUAUUGGUGUUGCAAGGCUUGUACUAUGAUCACAUCUACAAAAGGUGGAAAUCCAGACAAAUCAAAGCUAAACUGGGAGAUAAAGAUGAGAAGGAGCCUUUGAAACCUAAGUCAGCUGACACAGGCAUCCCCAUUCCCGGGGCUGAAGUAAAAGCAUAUUCUCGGAGAGAGUAUUACUACACAUCCGCUAGAUCUUUAGCUGGCAGUGGUACUCCCCCCUUUCGAACUUAUCUUAGGGCAGCCCAAAGUGGGCCUUCAACCAUGCGCUUUAACGACGAUUCAUCGUCUGACGAUGAAGCGGCUCCGGUUUCAUCUAAGACUCACUCUGUUAGCCAGCCCAGGCCAAUUCCAAGAUCCGCUGGUUAUGGAACAUUUCUUGCUGUAUCUCUUAAUCUUCCGAUGCAGAGUAAGGCAUUGACAGAAACAAUUGCCGGGUUUAACUCAAGAAGAGUCUUAAAUGGAAGCAGCACGGAGCACAGUGUCUUUGGACAAUGGCUGGGAUGGCUGAUGGCUGCUAUAUACAUGGGCGGUCGACUUCCUCAAAUAUGGCUAAAUAUUAAAAGAGGGAGUGUGGAGGGCUUAAAUCCUCUUAUGUUCCUCUUUGCACUGGUGGCCAAUGUCACUUACGUUUUAAGUAUUCUUGUGAGAAACACUGAAUGGGAAAAUAUAAAAGCCAAUAUGCCAUGGUUGCUGGAUGCCAUAGUCUGCGUGGCGCUGGACUUAUUUAUCAUAUUGCAGUACAUUUAUUACAGAUAUUUCAGAAGGAAAUCUUCAAGUUAUGGAGAAGAUCACUACGGACAUAAACAAUACGAGGAUGCAACAAAAGCACUAUAGCUUGAUUGAUUGCUUCUUGUAUUUAGU